AUGAUUUUUACUUCGGCAAUUUCCAGUGCCAUUAGCAAAACAAACAAAACAAUUUCAGAGACAUUAGUCACGUACCGAGUUUUUUCCUGUCCGUUCGUAAAUAACACAUUGCAAACGCGACUCACACAAAUCAUUUGUGAAAAUCUUCCUAACCAUUUGUCGAUGAUUUGCAAAGUUCCAACGAAGAUCUACGUCGGCAAGCAACACUUAAUCUUUACGAACGCAUCAUUGUGCAGUAUGCUGAUUCUUGUGGAAGAAAUUCAAAUUUUCGUUCGCACGAAAAUGAGUAAUCCCAAUAAUAUCAACGAAAAUCGCGCAGCACUUCUUGUUAUUCUUUGUUUUAUCUGUGCGGGACAACAUUUUUAUACUGAAUUAAGUAACAAACUAGAAGCAACAUUACGUGGUUAUAAACAAACGUCGAUGGAUUCCAAUCUUUGUGAAUUACUUGUUAAAUUAACAUGUCUUCUUGUUAAAGGCUGUGAUAGAAAGAAUAUUGAUCAGUUCUCGAUCGAUAUUCUCAAAGCAUUGGAAUACAUAUCUCCUGAAGAAAAACACGAAAUACGACGUUAUAACGGCAUACGAAGUCUAAAAGAAAUUGCCCUGACUGCUCCUUUACGUUACUAUCAUUUGAUAACACCAAUCGACGAAUAUUUCGGACAACUUUUCAGCGUAAUGGCCGAUCCAAAUAAGUACAUUCGCGAAGCAUUUGCUGAAACAAUGAGAGUGACUUUAACUGUUCUUGCUGAUCGGGAAGAUGAAGAACAAGAAAAGAAUCUGUUUCUCCAAGUUUAUCAUAUGGCUUGUAAAGAAUCAAUGACGUGCUUGGCUAGCGAUCAGAAUGAUGCUCAAGUUCAUGGAGGAUUGCUGCUGUUUAACGAACUGUUACGCAUAUCGGAUAUGAAAUUCGAAAGUACCUAUCAAGAUUUGUUCCAAUCAUAUAAAGUGAUGAAAUCAAAGGUAUUCUCUUAUAAAAACAUUCAUCGUGCUCGUUUUGCUUUCACAUUCGAACAGAUCGGUCUUUCAUCGCCUAUAAAUAUUAUUGAUAGUCUCGAACAGUCAUCCGUUCCAUCUCAAUCAUUCUUAAUGCGUUCAAUUUUCUUAGAAAAUUUCCUUGAAAUAUGUGAUCAAAUCCUCCCGUUGAUUCAUCAAUCCAAAUCGACUAAUGCUCAUGUUCUCAUUCAGAUUCUACCACGCUUAGCGUCUUUGAACUACGAACUAUUUUCUUCAAAAUCACAUGCGGAUUCAACGAUGAAUUUCAUAUUCGAACAGAUCAAUUCUCCGGAAUCAAACCAACGUCAGUCGGCUUUUCAUGCAUUGGGUUUAAUGAUUUACUUAGACACCAGGCUAUUAACGAAGCAUAUGACAAAAAUCACUGAUUAUUUGAAAGAGACCUUCAUUCCCAUUUCUGAUCGUCGAUAUCUGUCACCGAUGACAAGUACUCUCGCAUGUAUCACAUUGAUUGGUGAAGGAGGUCGAAAAGCAUCGCAAUGCUUAAAUGCUCUACUUCAAUAUUUAUUAAACUGUGAUUUAAAUCACUCGAUUGUAUUCUGUCUAAAGAAAUUAUGCUCAAUGCCAUUGAUAUCAACAGAUAUAAAGCAGAAAAUUUACCGAGGUUUGUUAGAAAAUCUUGCUUUGAUCUUGCGCCAGACAAAUGAACAGACCGACAUGAUUUUGAUUGCUUUACAAACGUUACAAACAUUCGAUUUUGAAGUUCAGGCAAUCGAACCGGUAUUUAUCGAUAUUUUACAUUUACAUUUGAUUCAACAUACUAAUGUUCGUAUUCGAAUUGAAUCAAUUAUGACAAUGACAUAUCUGUUGCGGCAUUUCUUUUUACCAAUCGCAUCAAUGAAGAAAAUACACAUCAAACUUGCUUUAAUUGUACAUAAACUAAUAACUAUCGCUGUCACUGAUCUAGAUCCCGAUGUACGCUAUCAUGUUCUUCUUGGUUUACAAGAUGGUUUCCAUGAAUUUCUUGUGAAAAAUGAAAUAUCAGACUUGUUGUUCUUCUCAAUCAAUGAUCACUGUCAUGAAAUAAGAGAAUUAACUAUAAUUUUACUCGGACGCUUAUCAAAUGUGAAUCCAGCUUAUAUUUUACCUCGUUUAAAACAAGUUCUGUUUCAAUUCUUAACAGACUUAGCACUUCAACGUGCAUACAAUGAAAAAGAGCAAACAUUAAGAUUCUUAGGUCAACUGAUUACAAAUGCACCGAAACUCGUUCGGUUAUAUUCGCCACUGAUCAGUCAAGUUCUAUUGCCACUCAUCAAACAAACAGACCAACAUUGCAAUGCGCUCAUGACUUUAGUCCAAACUAUUGGCGACUACGCUCAUGUUUGUGGCGUUGAUUUUCGUGAACAUCUCCAUGACGUAUUCCCUGUUUUAAUACACAUGCUGCAAGACACAUUGAAUGCUCGCAAACGUCAAGUAGCUCUAUGCGUAACAGAAAAAUUGAUUAGAAGCUGUUGCUAUGUCAUCGAACCAUUCGAAAAAUAUCCUCUACUAUUUGAUUUACUAUUUCAAUGUUUGAAGUCCGAAGAUACCUUUGUCCGUCGACAAACGAUACGUCUACUCGGUUUUAUCGGUGCGAUUGAUCCUCAGCAUAUUCAAUCAUUUAAUGGUCACUCGUCGGAAACCAAUGACAUAACAAUCAUUCAUCGCACUUCAAACACGAGCGAUUCAAUUGAGUCCUCGUCAAAUGAACAUACAACUCUAGCUAUUCAUAUUUGCCUUCGUGUACUCCAAGAUUCAAGCAAUUCAAAUUUACAUUUCAAAUCGAUUGAAGCGAUUUCGAAGAUCUUUCAAAGACUUGGUGAUAAUUGCACUCAGUAUGUACCCGUUGUUUUUCCAGCGUUACUAUCGGUUAUUCAAAAUACUAAUCGGAAAAAUCUACCUCCUUACUUUCAUCAAAUGAAUUUUAUUAUCGUGUCGAUGAAGACUUCGAUCGCACCGUAUAUGAAUGAUAUAAUUCAACUUAUCGAAACUUAUUCAAGUUUGAGCAUCGAAUUACAGAUCUUGUUUAUUCAAACCAUCGAAUCGGUAGUGAGUGCGUUGGAAAACGAAUUGCAUCACUAUACUCAUUUGUUAUUACCGUUGAUUAUGAAGAUCUUAAAAAUCGAUUUGAAGAAUUAUUCAUCUAUUGAUAAACAAACGAUCUUAUUACGAAUGUUUUCCACAUUAAAAAAAAUCGACCGGCCUUUAAGGCCGUACUUGAAAAAUAUUCUCUUGCAAAUAUUAGAUAUUGCACUGUUGGAUGAAAAUUCCAUAAAAGUACGCGAAGAAGCAUUGAGUACAUUUGAACAUCUAGUAAAAAAGGAAUUUAUUCAUGAUUAUGCAUUGACUAUCGUUCAAAUUCUACUGUCAAUUCUUAAUUCUACGACACAAUUACAAAUAAAAUGUUUGGAUACGAUUUAUGUAGUAGCUCAACAUAUGGGCAAGGAUUUUCUUAUCUUCAGUCCGCUCGUAUCGAAAUCUAUGCAUGAAUACUCAUUAAAACAUCCCGAGUACGAAUCGUACAUGUCCAAAUUGAAAGAUUCGCCAUCUGAUCAGUCACAAACGCAAGUGAAUAGCAGUUCUGUCCAAGUUGCAUCUUCCACUAAACAAUUGACUGUACAUGAUCCUUCGAUGGUGUAUACAAUGCGUAUUGUGCCAUUGAGACAGCAUUGGUUACAAGCUUUGCAUCGAAAUGCAACCGAUUUAUCGAUAUGGUUAAGUAAAUUUCAACAGCUUGUUCUAGAACAAUCACCAAUUUAUUCAUUACGAGCAAUGGGAACUUAUCUAGCCGAGCAUUCGUCAUCGAUUUCGAAAGAGUUGUUCAAUGCUUCGUUCAUAUCCUGUUGGAAUAUAAUGAAUACUGAAGAUCGGAGAAGUUUAGCAGAAACCUUGAUUUAUGUUCUAUCGGCAUGCGAUAAAGCCGAUGUAAUACAGACUAUACUUAAUUUAGUCGAAUACUAUGAACAUUGUCAAGUCGAAAAGUCCGAAGAACAGCUCGCAACGUUAAUUAACGUUCCUUUAUUCAUUAGCAAGGCCAUUUCGGUUCGAGCAUAUGCCAAAGCUUUACGAUAUACCGAAAUGCAAUUUGAAAGUCAAAAUAUCUCCUCGUCGGAUACAGUCGAAACGCUAAUCAGCCUCAAUUAUGAAUUACAUCAAUCCGAAGCUGCAUUUGGUGCAUUAGAAUAUGCGAAAUUUCAUAAAAUCACGAUCAAAGAUCUUUGGUACGAAAAAUUGGAUCAAUGGGAACGAGCACUCGGCCACUAUGAAUUCACCCAGGCCAACGAUCAGUAUAAUUUGGAUAUCGAAUUGGGACGAAUGCGAUGCAUGCAGGCACUUGGUUUGUGGACUGAAUUGAAGAAACUGACGCAUCAAAUAUGGAAUAUCACAGAACCAAUUGCCGGCGAAGCAUCAAUUUCAUCAUCUAUCAGUCGAACUGAAACGAAGAGAACUCUUCAAGAGAAAGUCGCACCUAUUGCAGCACGUGCAGCAUGGAGCGUAAGAGAUCUAGUGGAUAUGGAGAAGUAUUCGAUUCAUAUACCAAUUACAAAAUUUGAAGGAGCUUACUAUCGCGCUAUAAAUGACAUUCGAAAGAAUAAUUAUCGGCAAGCACAGGAUUCGAUCGAUUUAGCAAGAGAGUUCUUGGAUGGAGAAUUGAAGACCAUAACGAAUGAAAGUUCUAGUCGUGUGUAUUCAGCAAUGGUCAAUGCGCAAUUACUAUCUGAAUUAGAAGAAGUUUGGGAAUAUAAAACCCGUCCUGAGCGUCAACAAUCGAUCUGUAUGAUGUGGCAAAAACGUAUGGAAGGUAAUCAAUCGAUGAUCAUCGAUGAUCGCCAUCGUUUAUUGUUAAUACAUUCUUUGUGUUUACCAAUGAUUGACGACCUUCAAUCUUGGAUCAAAUUAGCCAGUCUUUGCCGUCGAUCGGAUCGUUUGAUGAUGGCAGAUUUUAUAUUUAAACAAUUAACUCAAACAGUUCCAAUCGAUGGAAAUCAAUCUUCCCAAACGUUUUAUCAUUCAAUGUUACUUCAUUAUGAGAAAGGAAAGUAUGACUGGCAUUGUUUAAAUAAAGCACGUGAACGUCUGUACUCUGAACGACAAAGUCGUCAUGAAAAUUCGAUACGUAACAAAUCGCCGAUCAAUGACGAAGAUCUCGAUGAUAAAUUGCAACAAAAUCAACGGGAGCAACUGCAGCUCAUUAAUAAUAUGAAACAGAUCAUUCAUAAAAUACAGCAAUCAUCACCUUUUACAAACAUAACUGAACCGAACGCAUCGCCCCUUCGUCGAUUAACAUCGAGGUGUUUCUUACGGUUAGGCACUUGGCAACAUGAAUUAUCUGGCAUAGCCAAUGAUAGAAUAUCCGAUGAAAUUCGGAUCAACUACGAACAUGCAUGGACAUACGAUGAAUCAAAUUACAAAGCGUGGAACGCUUAUGCCGUACUUAAUUAUGAUAUAGUUCAUCAUCGUCGGAAGGAAAUUCAAGAUUUAACACACGACACUCAACAUCAACUGUCAACCACGAUACUUCGCUGUGCCGUUUCUUCAGUUAAAAGUCUAUUUAAAUGCAUUGUACUUUCAAAGUCGAAGCAUUGUCUACAAGAUACCCUGCGUUUAUUAACCAUUUUAUUUGAAUACGGGCAAUAUGAUGAAGUGUAUCAGGCGUUUGAUGAAAAUAUGCGCAUGAUACCAAUUGAUGUUUGGUUACAAGUUUUGCCACAACUGAUUGCACGAAUUGAUUCGUCACAGAUCUCUAUUCGUCAGCUGAUACAACGCUUAUUAAUAGAUAUCAGCCGAGAACAUUCUCAAGCUUUGAUUUAUCCGCUGGUCGUCGCAUCAAAAUCACGUAUUUCCGAACGAAAAUUUGCGGCAUACAUUGUUUUAAAUCGUAUGAGAGAACAUAGCUCCGUACUUGUUCAACAGGCAAUCAUCGUAAGUGAUGAACUGAUAAAAAUUUCCAUCUUAUGGCAUGAAAAAUGGCACGAUGGAUUAGGAGGAGCACUAAAUCAAUUCACCGAACAUAAAAAUCUUCUCGGAAUGAUCGAGCAAUUAAAAGACUUACAUGCAGAGAAUUGUCUCGAUGUCAGUAAUACUUUGAAUGAACGUAAGUUUCUUGAUUUAUAUAAGAACGAUUUACUACAAGCUUCCCAACAUCUUCGUCAAUUCUGUCAAACGGCCAAUACAGUGGAAUUUCAAAUGAUAUAUCGACUUUACUUUCAAAUCUAUCAACGUCUACACACACAUUUACAAUCGAUGACAGCACUUGCACUCGAUCAAGUCUCUCCCCAAUUGCUUACACAUUGUCACGAUUUGGAAUUGGCUAUUCCCGGAACGUAUAAGCCACAUAAACCGCCGAUAACCAUUCGAAAUAUUCAUUCAAACGUCAAGAUCAUCACGUCAAAACAACGACCAAGGAAAAUCAGUAUGAUGGGCUCGGAUGGUUUUCAAUAUACAUUUCUAUUAAAAGGACAUGAAGAUUUACGACAAGAUGAACGUGUCAUGCAGUUGUUUGGUUUGGUCAACGAAUUUCUUACAACGAAUGAGCAAACGCGUCAUCAGAAUUUCGAUAUUCAACGUUACCCUGUCAUUCCAUUAGCGUUAAACAACGGCUUACUCGGUUGGGUCAGUCAAUGUGAUACAUUACAUACACUGAUCAAAGACCAUCGUACAAAAGCCGGAAUCACUUUUGAUAUCGAGUAUCGUCAUAUUCGAAAUCAAAAACAUGACUAUGAACAACUGCCACUCAUAAAUAAAGUUGAAAUAUUCGAAAAUACGAUUGGUUCAUUGGAAGAUGAUGAUCUAGCAAAGAUUUUAUGGCAUACGAGCUCCAAUGCUGAAGUCUGGUUAGUGAGAAGAUCGAAUUACACGAGAUCGUUGGCUGUAAUGUCUAUGGUUGGAUAUAUAUUAGGUUUAGGCGAUCGUCAUUUAUCGAAUUUAAUGCUUGAUCAUGCAAGUGGGAAAGUUGUCCAUAUAGAUUUUGGCGAUUGUUUCGAAGUAGCGAUGAAACGGGAGAAGUUUGCGGAAAAAGUUCCGUUUCGUUUGACACGAAUUCUAUGUAAAGCUAUGGAAGUGACCGGAAUCAACGGAACGUUUCGCAUGACGUGUGAACACGUGAUGGCCGUCCUAAGGAAAAAUCGAGAUAGUCUCAUGGCUGUCCUCGAAGCAUUCAUUCAUGAUCCCUUACUGAAUUGGCGGUUGUUAAGUGAACCGAAUAGUACAGCAUCAAGUUUAUCGACGAUUUACGAAGAGGAGCGGGAGGAUCGGAGUGUAGCGCAACAGCAAAGUCUUGAUAUUCAAACAGUGGAAGUAAUUAAUCGCGUGCGAGAUAAAUUAACUGGCAAUGAUUUUCAUCGUGAACAACCUGUAGAUAUUCCAACACAAGUGGAAUUACUGAUAAAACAAGCAACAAAUCAUGAGAAUCUUUGCCAAUCUUAUCUGGGUUGGUGUCCGUUUUGGUGA